CGAGGCCCCGGCAUGACCAUCGGUGGCGACAACUUCGACAGCGCAUGGACCCCCCACCGCCUCCACCCCGGGUUCCAGGGACAUCAUCAACUUCGAGAAAUAGCAGUUCAAAAUGGGAGGACAGCUUCUUUGAGCUGGUGGAGCUGUGCCUGCAAGAUGAUGACGACGAGGCCUUCUUCCAGAGUAUGUAUGAAUUUGCAAUUCAUGCUGACAAGCAUUUGAGUAGAGCACCUUAUAGGCAACCAAAAAUGUCUGGUUUGGAAUGGGUUAAUUUGAAAUUGAGCAAUAGAAGGUCUUGUUACAACAUGUUUAGAGUCAGCCCAGACAUGUUUCAUAAUCUGCACUCUCUUCUGGUACAAUCAUAUGGCCUCAAAUCUAGUUCAAAAUCGACCUCGAUUGAGGCGCUCGGGAUGUUUCUUUGGAUGCUUGGGUCCCCUCAGUCAGCCCGGCAAGCUGAGGACAGAUUUGAGCGAUCUUUGGGGACAAUUUUCAGCAUGUUCAGCAAAGUUUUGAAGAGUGUGUUAAGGCUUGCUGCCGACAUCAUAAAGCCGGAGGAUCCAGAAUUCAGCAUUGUGCAUCCUAGACUUCGCAGCCGUAGGUUCUAUCCCUACUUCAGUAAUUGCAUAGGGGCAAUCGAUGGAACUCAUGUACCGUGUGUGGUGCCGAAGAAUCUGUUCAUGCAGCAUUUGAGUCGGAAAGGGAGGACCACACAGAAUGUUAUGGUAGCCUGCGACUUUGACAUGAGGUUCACAUUUGUGCUUAGUGGAUGGCCCGGAUCAGUUCAUGAUAUGAGGCCCUUUAAUGAUGCACUGACAACAUAUAGCCAUGUCUUUCCACAUCCACCAGCAGGGAAAUAUUACUUAGUGGACUCGGGGUAUCGCAACCAGGUGGGAUACCUAGCUCCUUACAAGGGAACAAAGUACCAUUUGCAGGAAUAUAGGAAUGCCGCACCUCCAUAAGAUAUGGAAGAGACCUUCAACUAUGCACAUUCUUCCCUUAGGAAUGUCGUUGAAAGGUCUAUUGGUGUGUUGAAAAUGAAGUGGAGGAUGCUGAAGGAGAUACCUGCUUAUGCCCCUGAUAAGCAGAGCGAAAUCAUACAGGCCGCAUGUGCAUUGCAUAAUUUCAUUAGGAAUAGUGGCAUACGGGAUAGACACUUCCGCUGCUGUGAUCGUGAUGAAAAUUAUGUCCCAGAUGAAGCAUCGGAGGAUCAACCGGACACAGAAGAAGUGCCUGAUGAACCGGACAGCAUGAACUAGUUUCGUGAUACCCUUGUGCUUGCUUUGUUUAACCAUAAUUAAAAGUUUUGUUCGACUUGUGUGUACUGCGAGAUGGAAAAUGUCUUGUGCUGCCUUGUUUGUGCGGGAACUGUGUAUGGAUGAGAACUGUGCAUUUGUGGUUCAAUGACGCUAAUAAUGUUCACAUGUGUUCUGUGAAA